AUGAUUCUGCAUUGCGUAAUUAAAGUCGUGAUGUUAACAAGUCGCAUAAUGCGAGUUAAAAUAUUAGAGAAAAAUAUCAUCCCCAAAACUCUUCGCACAAUAAACUACAUAAGAUCAGAGUUAGAAGAUAAAGAAAGAGAAGAAAUUUUUCGGUUCACCAUUGUUCAGCACAAGAGAUUUAAGUGGAAGAAGUUAGAAAAAAUCCAAUUAGAACCAGAACGUACACUAAAUGCUCUAGUUAAAAAUGGCAUAUUAGAGAAUGCCGAAAUGUUUAAAGCAAGCUUGCCAGGAAGACCUCUAAAUUCACUUUCAAAUUUGCACCUCCUGACGUCAAAUUUCACAAAACAUUUUCUUUACAUAGUCGCCAUGAUCCCGUCAGAAUUUAAUCAUAAGCAUGUAACGGACCCAUGUACAUCUUGCACAUACAAGAUGCUAAAACGGGAUGCUGGACAUCAUAACAUUAGUGAUCCCAAUAGAUCUCACAUGACAGCAUCCGAAUCAUUGACAACUUUAGCCGGUGAUAAUUUAAUCAUCAUAAAAACUUCUGAAGAAUCUGAUAGUGACGAUAAUUUUAUACCACCGAGGGGUUUGAAUAUUUUUGGUGGUAUAACAGAAGUUAUUGAUCUUAUUGGUGAAAGUUUGUCAGAUAAUAUUUUUGCAGAAAUCAGCAAGUCAGAACCACCUGUAAUUGAUAGAACUCUAUCUAUUCCUUUAGGUGAUCAAUGUUCGAAUGUUCUAGCAAUAGUUUCCUCAGCUGGGCCUCAAACAUCUCUUAAUAUUAGUGCUUUAACAUACAUCUUACUAACACUAAGGGAUCUAAAAACAAGAUGGGCUCGAGAAUUUUUAAGAUUGGUACAACUUAUAAUAAGUUUUUUUUGUAUACAAGAUCCAGACUGUACAGAUUUUUAUUUCGAUCAAGAAGAAAGAACACAAACACUAAGGUUAAAUUUUAACGUGACUAAUCCACCACAGACUUGUUUAGUUAUACCAGAUAUAGAUGGUGUAGAAGAAACAGAAUACAGAGGAGAACAAAACACAUAA